AUUUUGUAUCUAUGCUAGUAAAAGUUUUGUUUUCAAGGUUGACUUGAACGCGGUAAACCGAUUGUAUUAUGCCGAGGCAGCGUUCAUACACUUCAACUGAACGGGACAAGGCAAAGCCAGUCAAUAAAGAAUUUUUCAGUAAGCAAUACAAAUCUUUGAAGACGUAUAUCCGAAGUACUGGCUCUAAUCCUGUUCUCAACUCAGGAAUAUGCUCAUCACAAAGUCCCGGGAUACCUGGAUCUCCUGCUUCAUUAGCCACAAAGAAAGGGGUCUUUUAUCAAGAUGACAAUGGAAAAAUUAUCAGCUUAACUAAAUCAAGGAAAUCUAAUCAUUUCGAUGGCAGUAAGCUGAUUUCUGAUUCGAAAAGUAGAUUGAUACUGGACUUGUCCUCUUUGGGGCUUGACAGCGUUUCUCCGGACAUUGGCAGUCUUAGUCAUUUAAUAGAGCUUUUUUUGUAUGAUAAUAAGUUAACAUGUCUUCCCUUGCAGAUCGGAUUUCUGAAAAAUCUACAGAGAUUAUGGCUCCAGGAAAACUCCCUCACAUUUCUACCGGAUGAGCUUGGUUAUUGUUCGAAACUAACUCAUCUUGAUAUCAGGCACAACAGACUUGAAGGUUGCAUUCCUGUUGUUAUAACAAAAUUCACUUUAAUGAAACAACUUUACCUGACUUACAAUAAAUUAACAGAUAUAUCUGCUAUUGGUAAUUUAUGUCUUUUACAGACAUUAGUAGUGAAAAGUAAUCAUUUGCAAGGACCGAUUCCAGAUUGUAUUGGAAAUCUUACGCAAUUGAAAACUCUGGAUCUAUCGAAGAAUCGUCUGACCAAAAUUAAUGAAAAUAUAGGCAAUUGUAAAUUGCUAUCCCGUUUUCUUGUGGAUUAUAAUCAAAUAGAUGAAUUGCCAAAAUCAAUCGGUCAACUUUCGGAACUUACGGUACUAGGAAUUAAAUAUAACUGCUUAAGUGAACUCCCAGUUACAAUAUGUAAUUGCGAGAAAUUGACCGAACUGAAUAUUGAAGGCAAUCAUAUAACUCAGCUACCGGAAAAUCUAUUGUGUCAUUUAAAAGAUUCACUUUCUGUAGUACUAUCUCGUAAUGAUUUCAAUUCUUUCCCAAUCGGUGAUAAAACUCAGUAUAUAAAUGUCAAACAUUUCAGAUUGGAUUACAAUCGUUUAGAAAUAUUCGAAGCAGUUCAGCUGUCAGAAAAUACUCAAUUAACUACACUAAACUUAUGCAACAAUAACAUUAUGACUUUGGACUUUACAGGAAUAGAAACAUUGAAACAUCUUGUUGAAUUAGAUCUUUCCUAUAAUCAAAUUGGUCACCUACCUGAUUCAAUUGGCGAGUUAGUAUCUUUAGAAGUAUUAGAUUUGACUAGUAAUCGCUUAGAGGGAUUACCAAAUAGAAUUGGCGAAUUGGUCAAAUUAGUACAAUUGGAAUUAGAAUCUAAUCAAAUUAAAUCAAUUCCUUUAAACAUUGGACAAUUAUGUCAAUUACAAACACUUAAUUUAGAUGUAAACAAGUUAUCUAGACUUCCAUCAACCAUAGGAAAUCUGAACAAUUUAAGGAAACUGAGAGUGAAAGACAAUCUUCUUCAACGUUUACCACCUGAAAUCGGCAAACUGCAGAAUUUAACACAUUUGUAUCUAUCAAAUAAUAAGCCAUUGGAUUUGCUUCCUAUUGAAUUAGGAAUGCUGCCUUCUCUGCGAUUUCUGGGUAUUGAUGGUUGUAGUCUCAAACAAAUGCCUGUUGAUAUAACAAAAAAUGGAUCAGCUUCCGUCAUUAAGUAUUUACGUGAUCUAUUGUGUAUUCAUAGCCGAAUUUGUCAAAAUUCUGUUACAUAAUGAUCUCAAUUAUCAACGAAUAUCAACAAUCCAUACGUAAUUUAUUUAUUCCAUUGUAAAUGUAUUUUGUUUCCGUAAUUUAGUUGUGUUUUUUUUUAAUUCUUCCAUAAAAUUAUUAUUUUUUCCCUGAUCAAUAAUGAAGAGAUGAAUAUUUUCAUUUUCGAAUAAAUAAAAUGUUCUUUUUUAAAAAGAAAAUUAAUCUUCAGUGAUAUAUUGUAUGUUUUUAUUAUUAUUAUUAUUAUUAUU